AAGAGAUAUGUUUAUCCUAAGCCCAUGCUCAAAUUCAACGGCAUCAGUGCAGCGCCUGCUCACGUGAAGUGGGAAGUUAAAGCUCAGAAGCGAAGGGUCUCUCUUGGAAUAAAUUGCAUUGCUCUAUUGGAGGUGAAGAAAUGAAGUUCAGAAUUCUGUAAACGUGAACUUGGGUGAAAGCUGCAAAAGCACGGCUUUAAAUGUUCACAUAGGGUGUUGAAAUACCUCAGCGCUGUUCAUCAGCACGGUGGCUCUUAUGUCAACUGACCAUCACAAAGAAGAACUGCAGCUUUGAAGAACUGAACGAGGAUCUUCACUAAACACAUGGAUUAUUGCUGCUGCUGAUUAAACAAUACAGAGCAUGGAGACCUUCUCAAGAGAGCCAGGUUGGGAAGGAUCCCCCCAUGCGACCACAGCAUGGAUCAACUUCACCUCAUCCUUAUUCUCUGAUCACACUGGACUCAACAGCACUUUCAGAGGAGGAUCCUACUUCUGGCUGGUGUCUCAAAACAGCUCAAUAAACCCCACUCAGAAGCCCGGGCCGGUCAAAAUACGUGACGUGGCUCUGGCUCAAGCUGAGAUUGGAAUUCUGGGUCUGGUACUGGCUCUCACAACAUUAGGGAACAGCUUUAUACUGUGGGUUCUGCUAAGGCGACGCAAAUACAACGCACCCAUGCACCAGUUUAUGGUCAAUCUGUGUGUUGCAGACCUUGUGGUGGGAUUUUUUCAGGUGCUCCCGCAGAUGUUAUGGGAUAUUACAGAGAGAUUUCAGGGUCCUGACGUGUUGUGCCGCUCAGUGAAAUACCUGCAGAUUGUGGGAAUGUUCGCAUCCUCAUACAUGAUCGUUGCUAUGACAGUGGACCGUCAUAAUGCCAUCUGCUGCCCCCUGCAGGCUUACAAAGGAGGGGCAGUUUCACGCUGGAAUACACCUAUCAUGGUAGCCUGGGCUCUGUCCCUUAUUCUCAGUGUGCCGCAGGUGUUUAUUUUCUCCAGGUCAGAGGUAUCUCCGGGGGUCUACGAGUGCUGGGGGAAUUUUGCUGAACCAUGGGGCCUGAAAGCGUAUGUCACCUGGAUGACUGUAGCCGUGUUUGUGCUUCCUACCUUUAUUAUCACCGUUUGUCAGGUGCGAAUAUUCAAGGAGAUUCACGAUAACAUCUAUCUAAAGUCCGAACGCGUGGUUUCUGUGGACAUGAAGAAGAACAGAGUCAUUUUUCACUUUCCCAUCUUCAAAAAGCGGGCCAGGACAGUCCGAGAGACAGCGCGGCACUCAGGCAUGCCGAGAGAAGCACGAGAACUCCACAAAAAGAGUACCAGCAGUGAAUCAUCCCGUUCUCACACCUGCAACUCCGAGGAUGCACUGGAGCCGGAUUGCUGUGAUCAAUCUUGUCAGGAUGGCUACAGUCCCAGCAAUCUGGCCUCACAGACUCACAGUUCGUCUCCUGAUGUGCUGCCUCGCAUUCAGACUAACCCUCACACCAUCUGGAGCAACUCUGCAGCCGUCCAGACAUCAUAUGGAUACUCUGUUCCACACAGGAACUCUAAAAACACCACUAAUGAGGAUUCCAACACAUCCUCAGAACCCUCUUUCCAGCCUUGCCCCCUUCAUCCACCUCUUACGGGUGUGUCCAAGGCUAUGUCCAAAACAGUAAAGAUGACUUUGGUCAUUGUGCUUGUAUAUACCGUGUGCUGGUCACCAUUCUUCAUUGUCCAGCUGUGGGCUGCCUGGGACCCCAACCCUCCUGACCAAGGAGUGGCUUUCACCAUCCUGAUGUUGUUGGCCAGUCUGAACUCCUGUACCAACCCAUGGAUCUACACGGCCUUCUCCAGCAGUGUGUCCCGUGAACUUCUCGCCCUGCUGCGCUGUCGGCCAAAACUGCCCCGUAGGAGCUCAUUGUACGACCACUCCAGUGAUAUAAACACCUCCACUACCAAGGACAACCAGUACUGACACCAACAGAAGAAGACACAAUUGAGCAUCAGCAGAUGUGGAGAUUUAUGCGGGUAUAUUUGUCAUAUAUAUAUUGCCAUAUCUCUUUGUAUGUCUAUUAAAAACAAGCUGAAGAUGUUGCUUUAUCCGAGUGAACAGCUAAAAGUGGCACUUUUAUAACCAGCAUGUGAUAUAAAUGAGGAUUUUGUGCAAAAACUGAGGCUUACAUUUGCUGUCUUAUCAACUAUUAUAACAAACAGCUUACUGACCGUCAUAAUAAACUUAAUUAAACUCCAAAGCAACUGAAAUUAUUUAUUAAACACUAUAUUUUAUUGAUGGAGAUAAACGUCUUAUCUGCAGAGGAAGACGGGAUUAAGGCCUUAACCUCUGAGCCAGUCAUUUCAUCCCAUUCAUCAGUCUUUCUUGCCACAAGUCUGCUUCAGAUUCAAAGCUUUCAUGGAAAAAAACUGAGGAAGACGAUGAAUAAUGUGAUCAAUGAAUGGAAAAUAUAUAUCAAGAGGACAGUUGAAAUCCAUGCAGGCCUGAAAGUGAUGUGUUUGUUACUGGACAAAUAUCUGACAAAUGACUUUUAUGUAUGUCCGAUACUAAAAGGUACAGGCUCGCAUGCUGAACGUAUUUGAACUGAUUUGUAUAUUUAAUGUGACUUACUGACUAUGUGUGUGUUCUGUGAAACAGUAGCAGCAUGCAAAGCGGAAACACUUUCAGUUCCUCAAUAAGAGCUGAAUUAUUUAUGGGCCAAUUAUUUAAAGUCAUGCAAAGAUUACAGGAAGUCAUAAUGAAUAUGAGACGACGGUAAAGGAAGAGAAUCUAAUAUGACAUGAGUCACACAGUGCCUUGAUGUAUAUAGAAUUCUGUCUGCAAAAGCAUUUUCUUAAUCAGCAUUUUGGUUUAAGUCAUACAUAAAUCAUUUUACUCCUAAACACAUGAGUCUGGAAAAAAGUAUCAAGUUUUAAGGACGGCUGGAAAUUUAUACUAGGAAAGCAAACCAAAGUACUGAUUGAGAGAAUAUUUCUGUAGCUGAUGUCACGCUAUUUAUAUAUUUGUUUAAAUAAUAGUAAAACACAUAAUGUUAAUAUACUGUAAAUACGUUUUUAAAAAACUAUUGAAGAUGUUUAUCUACAGUAAAUAUAUUUAUUCUACAUUUUAAAGAGACAGAAUGUCUUUCAAAUGUUUGUUAUUGUAUAUAUACUGUAGUCCAGAUACGAAAAUAAUUCAAAUA